UUUCUUUCACACACCCCCCGAAUCGAGUUUGUAAUAUCUACGAAGUACCGCAAUCAUUAUCGCAUCUCCUCUGUAUACCGACGCCGAGAAAAGCAAAAGAGACCCGGCGACAGAGAAUAACAGAGGACAGUUAGAGAGAAGGAGGAGAAAAAAAGCAAAUACCCGAACAGGGAAUAGAGGCUUUUUUUCGGAUUCGGGUUUCAGGGGCGGCGGUUUGAGGUCAUGUCGUCGCCCACCACCAACACCAACACAACAGCCCUUUUAAAACUCCAACUCCCUGCUGAAAUCCGAGAACACAGUGCCUGCCUACAUACCUUGGACACCGGAACGUAGUAGCAUCCCGCCAGAUCUUCCAGACAGACCGACAGACUGCGACCUCCAUGCUACCACCCGCCAAGGCAAGGCAAAUGUGGCCGGCCGGCGGCCGCAUACACACGUAUAUUCUGCCUCUGGGAUGGGCCUUUCGGCUGCUUUCCUUCCGUGCACGGGCCCGCGACGCGGCAUACCGGCUUUUUCCCAAUUCGAUUCAGGGGGGAAAGAUGUUUCCUUUUGGUCGGUUCGGUCACACGAAACAUCCUCUCCCUAGUCUCCUUUUGGUCCAUCAGUAUAUCUUUUCGUACAGUGCUUACCAUGCUCGUAUUAAGUUUCUAAGGUGUGGGUGGCCGAGAUUGAAACAUCGCCCCCGCGCGCCGCGGGUGCCGCAUCCGUUCGUAGUCUGCCGUCUGCUGCAAUACUUGCCUCCAACCUUUUUUGCGGUGGCGCGCGAAAAAAUUAUAUCACACUUGCAAGGCGUGACCGGUGUGUGUGAUAUGGGAAAGGAGAGCCGAUACAUGGGACGGACGCCUCAUUCCCUUUUUGUGUACCUACUGGCCUCCGUGCGCGAGCGCAUGUUCUGGUUCUGUCUCAGUCUUGUUGGAGACUCGGCGUCCAGUUUGUGUCUUGGUGUCCUAGUUCUAGCUCUACCUACACCAUCGUCCGACCAAGCCGUCUCCAGCCAGCCAGCAACUGGACCCUCUUAUCCCCGAGUCCGACAACUACUACUACCUAAAUACGGAAGGCAGUCAGGCAACACCACCACCUACAGCAGCCUCCACCAUCGGCGCCAGCCAGCGGCUGACUGUACAUACCUAGCACAAACCCCAGUGGCUGUCACUCUCGUGAGAUCGGAAUCGGAGCUGGGCUGGCAGCGCGGGGGGCGGAAGAAGGAGAAAAAAGUGACCUGCGAUCCCAUCCUUACUGCCUAUUUGCUGCUUGCUGUAGCCUUUCUCCCGGGAAAGAAUAAGGCACCAAGUAUGUAAGUGCGGCGCGGGAACGCGGCUGAGCCCCCGAGUUUGAGGUUGGCGCUUUGGUCGGCCUUUUUGCUUUCUUUUUUGAUA